UCUCUCCCUCCGUCCCUCCCUCCCUUUCGCAGCAGCAGCUGCUGAUCGCUUUGCCACUAGUGGUGAUGGCAUGCCUGCGAUCUGGGGGAUUUUGCAUUUUUAUGCUUUCUAGCCUGACGAAUCAUGGCUGAAGAUUACUGGGAGAAGACAGCGGCAUUUGCACAUCACUGACAGCAAGGAAGCCGAAACCCCGAAGGCGUCCCGUGUCGGGUAUUCCACAGGAAGAUCCACAAGCAGAAUUUGUAUAGAUGAGGAAUAGGGAGCACCAAAAGACACUAUCCCCAUCUGGGUGGACUAGAAGAUCAAUCUUCAAACACAUUCAGAGGCUCGGCCAUUUUUAGGAGUGUGGCUGACCAAUUGCGAAAUCAGCCUCCAACCCAGCCCCCUCACCUGAUGGACAGAAUGAAGAAGAUCAAGCGGCAGCUGUCUAUGACCCUACGGGGUAGUCGGGCUUCUGAGAAGACCCUUUCUGAGCUCUCAGAGCAGAUCAACAUCGAAGAUAAUGCAGCAAGUGAUAACGAGCCCAUCGUGAGGAAUGGGAAGCCGGCUGCCUCCCACAGCAUGCACUCCUUCUUGCACCAGUACGCCUCCCUCCGCAAGCCACCACUGCGCCGGCCUCACAGCGCCAUGGGCCGCAGCCUGAGCUCCUACCUGAAUCGCAACAGCCGCCUAGAAAUAGUCCAUGAGGAUCUGAAGAUGGGCUCUGAUGGAGAAAGCGACCAGGCCUCAGGCACCUCAUCUGAUGAGGUGCAAUCCCCUGUGCGAGUGAGAUUGAGGAACAGUGCCACCCGCAAGAUUUCAACCGAGGACAUUAACAAGCGCCUGUCCCUGCCUGCAGACAUCCGGCUGCCAGAUGGCUACUUGGAAAAGUUUGCCCUCAAUAGUCCCCCAUUUGACAAGCCUCUGAGUCGACGGCUACGCAGAGUAUCUCUGUCUGAAAUUGGUUUUGGAAAGCUGGAAACGUAUGUCAAAUUGGACAAGCUUGGAGAGGGAACCUAUGCCACUGUUUAUAAAGGAAAAAGCAAGCUUACAGACAACCUAGUGGCGCUUAAGGAAAUCCGCUUAGAGCAUGAGGAGGGGGCUCCAUGUACCGCCAUCAGGGAGGUAUCACUUUUGAAAGACUUGAAGCAUGCAAACAUUGUGACACUGCACGACAUCAUUCAUACAGAGAAGUCCUUAACUCUGGUUUUUGAGUAUUUGGAUAAAGAUUUAAAGCAGUAUUUGGAUGACUGUGGAAACUGCAUCAACAUGCAUAAUGUUAAGCUUUUCUUGUUCCAGUUGUUGCGAGGAUUAGCAUACUGUCACCGGCGGAAAGUCCUGCACCGGGAUCUCAAACCACAAAACCUGCUCAUUAAUGAGCGAGGAGAGCUGAAACUUGCUGAUUUUGGUCUGGCACGGGCAAAAUCUAUCCCCACGAAAACUUACUCGAAUGAGGUUGUGACGCUGUGGUAUCGUCCGCCGGACAUUCUGUUGGGGUCCACAGAUUAUUCAACACAAAUUGACAUGUGGGGCGUGGGCUGUAUAUUCUAUGAGAUGUCUACAGGGAGGCCACUCUUCCCAGGAUCCACUGUGGAAGAAGAACUCCACUUCAUCUUCAAGCUGCUUGGUACACCCACAGAAGAAACAUGGCCUGGGAUCACCUCAAAUGAGGAAUUCAAAUCGUACAAUUAUCCAAAAUAUAGACCAGACUUACUCUGCAACCAUGCUCCCAGGCUAGAUAGCGAUGGUGUGGAUCUUCUUUCCAAGCUUUUGCAGUUUGAAGGAAGGAAGAGAAUAUCAGCAGAAGAGUCUAUGAAGCAUCCUUACUUCCACUCGCUUGGAGAAAGGGUACUCAAACUGCCAGACACUACUUCAAUAUUUGCACUAAAAGAGAUUCAGUUAGAAAAGGAUCCUGGUUUUCGUACAUCUUCCCUCCCAGAAUCUGUUUCCUCCUCUGGAGCAGAUUUUUUCCAGUCGGCCAAUCAAAUUCAAGCUGCCCGUGAGCAUGUGCUCUGCUAGUCCUAAAGCUGCAUCCCCAUUGGCUGAAAUCUGCAUCUGCUCUGCCAAUAGCAAGCCAAGACGACAAAGUAUGUUAUUUUGAAAGACAAAAGAAGCUGGGACAUUUUCAUUGUGUUUUAAAUAUAAACUCCCUCAUGUGGUGCCGCUGCAAAACUUGUGGACUUCUUGUAGUAUGAGGGUGAGGUAUUUGAAAGUGUCCGAGUAUAAGGAUUUCCCUGGAGGUGUGGACAUAUGAUCUCUCCAGAGCAAUGACUGAGUAGGUGAGUUGGGGAUGACGAAGAGUUUGCUCCCAACCUCCAACUUUCUAGUGGCUGCUGCCUCCUCUGCAGGCAACAUCAAGUUCAGAGGAGAAGAGACUUAUUUGAAACAAAACGAUUGAUGUGCAAUGAAGGUUUUCUUAUAUUGUGAAGGACAAAAUAUCUAUUUUUUUUAAACUGUAUCCUCAUUGCUGUCAUUUUUUUUUCUGAUGUUGGUGUUGUAGAUUUUUGUUUUUCCCAAAAAGAUGCAUUUUUAGGUUCUAUGUAUAUGUGUUACUGGUUUUGGGUUGAGAACACAGUGGACUAUUUUAAAACUUUCACCCUGGUACUGCCAUAUUGAACCUAUUGUUCGGAUUUCAUCCAUCCAUUUAAAGUAUGUUAAUGUCUAGUUUUUGUAUUAUGGCUUUGCAUGCUGAAACUAAAGCAGAGUUCUGUUUUGCCCAUUUUCUUAUUUUGUUGACCCAUUUGGCUUUUUAUAGAAAAAUUACAAAAAGCCACAUAAACUGUCAUUUAAGCCCCAGAAUUCACUUUGAAAACUUGAAAAGCAGCUUCAUAGGAAAAUCUGAAACUGGUUACUGUUUUUCUCAUUUUAUUUACACAUGGUCUUUACACUGACAUACAGAUAUUAAAAUCAAAAUCUUCCAUAACUCUUUGUUGGAAACACACUCAACUUUUCCAUCUUUUAAUCAAAUCCAGGAAGAGAGAGAGAAACUUGAGCCAGCCCUGUAAAGGAAAUCAGUUAUUGGGUUACAUCAAGAGGCGAAGUUCUAUGAACUUUGUAGAAUAAUUGAUUUUUUUUUUCCUCAAAUAUUUUACCAGUUUUCUUUCAGGGCUUUUAUAUUUUGAAAGUUUCAGUAUUUUUUAAGGUAUUUCCAUUUGCUUAUAUUGCAGAACACUAAUGAUUUAGAGAAAACCUCUUGAAAGUGAGGUUUAAUUUUUUACAUUGUUAGAUUUAGCCAUGUAGAAAUAUCUAUUGAAAAUGUUUACAAGCAUUAGUUUACAUUUUUAUUUCUUACAAAAAUGAAACAUUUACAAAAUGUGUACAAAAACAAAGUUGUGGACAGCACAGUUUGUAGCACUUGUCCUUAUAGGGUUGUCAUAAAUUAGCAACACAGGACUGGUGAACAAACACAGUCAUGUAGUCAUUAAAAAUAUUUUCUACUGCAAAUAAUAAUAAAGAAUUGGACAAGCAUUGUAGUUACUGAUUUACAGUGCCAUAGGAAGUACAGCACAUUCUUUUUCUUCAAAGACCAAGUUAAAUAAAAAAUUAAAAAGCGUAUCACAAAACAAAGUGCGUGACAUUUCAGAUUGACCCGUUAAAUGUUACCACAGCCCACUGCUCCCACCUAAGAGGCACACAGAAAGCAGAACUAUGCUUAGGUGAAUGCUAUCCAUCCAUCCAUUAUUAAACCUGCUCAAUCCAAUUCAAGGUCACAGAGUCCACAGCCUAUUUGGUGAGCAUUUUUGCUUCAUGUCUGUAAGUUUAGAUUUUUCGUUUAGCUGUCUUAAAGUGUAUUGCAUUUUCUCCGUAUGUCUCAAUUAGUUACAUGUGCACUGUUCUGCUCUGUGAAGGGAAUGAAUGCUUGCACAUCAAGUUAAUCCCAAUUGUGCGCCUUUUCUUCAUAAUUGGUGUAACACUUGAGGUCCCGGGUGAAAGCUUCUUGCCACUUGGAUCAGUGUUUGCAUAAGGGAGCAGAACAGAGCUGUCUGGGAAAGAGAAAGAGAAACGAAAACUCCCUUACAUGCUGCAAUAAGUCUUCCAAGAAUGAAGAGAGAGCCGGUGAAAUGGUACCCGCUGAGAGACUCCCAUAGAUUGGCCAUUUAUUUGUGAGCUCUGUAUUUUCGUAUUCUAUUUUAGAAGCAUUUUCACUUUUUGCUAAUAGCUCCCACUUUUUAAGUUGUGUUGUGAAUAUAGAAAAAUUUUCCAGGAUGACAAAUAAAAAAGCAAUGUUGCUAAUGUCAUGUC